GAUACACAAUAUAUCCCUCCAAACUGCCAAUAUCCCAAACCCUCCUUUAAAGUGCAGGCAUUGUACUUCCUAUUUCCAGGACUCAGGUCCGGCUAUAUAAAAAUAACCGGUAAAAAUAACAUUUUUUUUUUUUUCAACAAGUCGGCCGUCUCCCACCGAGGCAGGGUGACCCAAAAAAGAAAGAAAAUCCCCCAAAAGAAAAUGCUUUCAUCAUCAUUCAACACUUUCACCACACUCACACAUAAUCACUGUUUUUGCAGAGGUGCUCAGAAUACAACAGUUUAGAAGCAUAUGCAUAUAAAGAUACACAACAUAUCCCUCCAAACUGCCAAUAUCCCAAACUCCUCCUUUAAAUAACAUAUGGUGGAUUAUUAAUCUGGUAGACCUAAGCUCAAAUCUGCUGAAAAAAGCAGGGUCUUAAAUACAAUGAAUGAUAAAAAUGCAAUUAAGACCUGGAGUCAUUCUACAUGUUUAAUUAUUAUUAUUAUAGCAUGGGACUGUAUAGUCCUUGUGGCUUAGCGCUUCUUUUUGAUUAUAAUAAUAAUAUAGCAUGGGACAGUGCUAAACCUGGGGAAUGAGAGGUAAUUGUGCUCAACCCAAGGAAUGGAAGGACUAGUUAAAUUUCUUGUAUUAAGAGCCCUUCACCAGCAUCAAGGAACCCCCAGUUUAGAGGUUAAUUUUUGUAACCAAGCAAAAUAAAUAUACAUUACCAUUCCCCAGUUGAUGUUCAUUUUCUAUUAGCUUGAUGGCAGUGCUGUAUGACCCUUAUGGGUUUAGCACUUAGUUAUGACUAUAAUAUUAACAUUAGUUUGAUGUAUUUAAAGUCAACUAGAAUCAGUUUGCUAAUCUAGUGGCUACACUGUAUAUGUGUAAAUAUUGCAGGGUGACCAUGAUUUGAACUCAGAUCCCGAUUCUUCAUGAGAGCAGAGAACCAGACACUUGAUGCCUUAGUCCAAUACACUCCCAUACUACAUAAUGUCAGCCAGCACCUCUAGCCAUGUCUCCUAAUGAUAGGAACAUUAAAGUUGUAACAUCUACAGACAACAAACUAUGUCCACCAUCAAGCAGUACAGAUAUCAAUGCAUCCACAAACAAUUUGUCCUAUAAGAAAAAAUAUUUUACUUGGAAUUUUUAGGAAAAUUUGAAUGUCACCAUUCAAUAAAACUGAUAAAAAGUUAGCACCUACACAGCUUGAAAUUAACAGAAACAAAAUUGCAAUUACCUAGUAAGAUACAGCAGAAUUUAGGGCACGAAGCUGAUGAGAAGAGGUGUUCAAUAGUUACUUCAUGAAAACCCCUAAAGGGAGGUUCCUUGAUGCUGGUGAGGGGCUCAUGAUCUAGGGAAUUGGAUCUGUGCUCCAGUUCACUAAAGUGAGCCUAAAUACCUUCCAUUCCCUCCAUCCCUACAGGCAUUGUAUAAUCCCUAUGGGUUUAGCACUCCCCCUUGAUUUUAAUAAUAUUGCAUGAAAAACUUGCAAAAUAAAAUGGGCAAAUUAAAACUUGAGCAGCUCAAGGUGAAUGCUAAACUUUCCUCUAGUGAAACUCAUGACUGAUGAAAGUUUGAAUCCAAUUCGAAGAAGCAUUCACCAGCAUUGCUUAGAAUCCAAUGAUUCCAAGUUUUUUAAACUAAACUGUCAUUAUCAUGUACACACUGUAUGACCCUUAAGGGUUUAGAGAUUCAUUAUGAUUUUAAUAAUCAUCUACACAAACCAAAUUUACUGGGCACUGUUCUGUACUUAAGAUACAUCAGCACUAAAAGACUGAAGCUGUUCAAAAUGCACAUUAAAAUAGUAUAUUUAACAUGAUUUAGAAAGGAAAAUUUCCACACUAUUUUAUGUGCAAAUGCAUGCUCAUGACUCAGAAGAAUCCUCAGCUCACGGUUGAGGGACCAAGAAUCACUACCCAGCACAGGUGAAACAGGCAUGUUAUUUUUUACACCUGCUGCUCCUGUUCACCUUGCAGUAAUUAGGUACUUGGGUGUUGGUCAAUUAAGUUUCUGGAGCUUUAACCUGGAGGGUUUUUGUAACCCAGGGUAACCUAAUAAAGUUAAGUGUAUCUUGAAGGACUGUCAGUCUUAUUUUCACUGGGAUAGUUUAAUUCUGUAGGAUGCAACCUGGAGAGAGUUCCGGGGGUCAACGCCCCCGCGGCCCGGUCUGUGACCAGGCCUCCUGGUGGAUCAGAGCCUGAUCAACCAGGCUGUUACUGCUGGCUGCACGCAAACCAAUGUACGAGCCACAGCCUGGCUGGUCAGGAACCAACUUUAGGUGCUUGUCCAGUGCCAGCAAUAGUCAACUAACACCCAGGUACCUAUUUACUGCUAGGUGAUCAGGAGCAGCAGGUGAAAAGAAAUAUGGCCAACAUUUCACUUGUGCCAGGGAGCGAUCCCACAGUGUGAGCUGAGGAUACUAUAAACCAGGAAGUAUUAAAGGACCCCAAUGGAAAUCAGAGUCCCCAAUGACACACCAACUUUAUUAGGUUAUUCCGGGUUAAUAAUCCACUGAAUGUUUAAAGCCAGUCAGAAGAGGCUUUUAAAAGUUAUCAGACCCAUGCCAGGAAACUGAUAAUGGGCUAUAUAACUAGUGGCACAGCCAGGAUUUUUGUCUGGGAUUUGUGGGUGGCUUAAGCCACGAUUUAUAUCUGGGAGAGGCCUAAGAACCAUAAGUGAGUGCAUUUAGUUACAGGUACACAGUACAAUUAUCAUAGUAUAAAUUACCUAGGAUAACCCCCCAAAAAAGUCAGAAAUCGUUUUUAGAAACUUUCAGUGUGAAAUUUCUUAAAGUAGUGUCCAUUCGCAGUUAAAAUUAGAUACUAAUUGGAAAAAUAAGUUUUCCCUUGGGGGGGGUUAGCCCCCUUAGCCUCUCUACGUGGCUGCACGACUGAAUAUAACAUUGGUCAGGACACCUUUAUACGUUAAUAGUUUCAUGAACCCUUCCCUGGUACAGCGAACUGCCUUGAAAAGUUGAAGCUAUUAAGUAAGUUUAUUCGGGUAUACACAAAUACAGUUACAUAGAAUUAUCAUACAUAGCAGCAUAUGUGUAGAGAACCUAAGAUAACCCAAAAAAAGUCAGAUAAUAAUAUAAUAAUAAUCAAGGGAAGCGCUAAACCCGGAGGAUUAUACAGCGCCUGGGGGGGGGGAUGUGGAAGGCAUUCAGGCUUAAUUCGGGGAACUGGAACACAGAUCCAAUUCCCUAAAUCAAGAGCCCCUCACCAACAUCAAGGAACCUUCCUUGAGGGGCAAAAAAGUCAGAGAGAGUGACUUAUUUCCAUUGGGGUCCUUUGAAUGAGGCGUUCUAAGUUAUGGAGUCAGAUGAAACUUAGAGUAUGGAAGACUAGCAGCCACACGUCGAGCUGAGACUCGACCCCUGCAACCAUAAUUAGGCAAGUACAUAUAGGACCCCAAUGAAAAUAAGUCACUGACUUAUUUUCAUUGGGGGUUAUCGUAGGUAAUUUACACGUAUGCUACUAGGUAUGAUAAUUGUAUUUAUGUCUACCUGUACCUACCCUAAUAUAAGUAAGUCACUUUGAAUUUUUGGUUAUGUCCUAGGUUCUCUACACAUAUGCUGCUAUAUAUAAUAAUUUAUGCAACUGUAUUGAUGUAUAAAAUGAAUAAACUUAACUAAAUAAAUUUACAAGGACCCAAUGGAAAUAAGUCACUUUGACUUUUUUGUGGUUAUCCUAGGUAAUUUACACAUGUUACUAUGUAUGAUAAUUUGUGUAACUGUAUUUAUGUAUGUACAUGUACCUAAAUAAACUUAACUUAUAAUUCCUGCUGGAAAACAGGAAGGUAGGGCUGAAGACGGCAUCAGCUGUAGUGGCCCUAUAAUCCCCCAACACUAAGUUGCAGGUGAUGGUGCACAGUGCACCGUAAUGGUGACGAUUAUGAUGAAGGCAGUGAGGGGUUCUUUAGUCCUUGCCCUGAGGGAGAGGUCGAGAUGGUCGUGUGGUCACUGUAUCUCAGGCUGGAUGGGUCGUGCUGCAUCUGUGAGGGACUACCACACAACCCCUACGGGUCGUGCUGCAUCUGUGAGGGACGACCACUCAGCCCCUACACAUUAUGACAUAGUCGUCUCAGGGGGAGGAAUGGUCGGCUUUGCUAUGGCUUGUUCCUUAGGUCACAGUAAGAUGCUGAGUGAUCGUAGAAUUCUUUUGUUGGAGGGUGCUGCAGAUAAAACAUGGAGCCUGCCAGAGGAGUUCAGCAACCGUGUGUGUGCACUCAACAGCCAUACUCACAGGUUGUUCCACAAGUUAGGGGUGUGGGAGCACAUACAACAUAGGAGAGCCCAGCCUGUUAAGAGGAUGCAGGUAUGGGAAUCAUGUUCAGAAGCAAUGAUAACAUUUGAUGCACAGGACCAGGAAGAUCUGGUUGCACACAUUGUGGAAAAUGAUGUAAUUUUGCACUCUAUUAAAGAAGUGGUACCACAGCACAUUGAAGUAGAAUAUAAUGCCAAGGUAGAGGGAUACAAACUCCCCACUGAUCUCUCCUCCAAAGUGAUGAUCUCCCUUCAGGAUGGCAGAACUCUAUCAACGGACCUUUUGAUUGGAGCUGAUGGUGCUAAGUCCUUAGUGCGUCAGACCAUGGGAGUGCAAUACAUAGGCUGGGACUAUGAUCAAAUGGGAAUUGUGGCAACACUGCAACUGUCAGAACCAGUCGAGAACACUGUGGCAUGGCAGAGAUUUCUUCCCACUGGUCCUGUUGCCCUUCUACCACUCUCAGAAGACAGAAGUUCAUUGGUAUGGUCAACAACAAAGGUAAAAGCUAAAAAUCUGUUAAAACUCUCUGAUGAAGACUUCACAGAUGCUCUCAACAAAGCUAUAUGGGAUAAUAGUAGUGGUGAUGAGAUGGUUCAAAUCAUUCAUGAGAAAUGGCUCAAACUACUGGAUAUCUUCUUGCCUACAAGUGGUGCUGACAUCCGCCAACUUCCUCCUAGUGUGAGUGGUGUUGUUCCUAGCACCCGGGGAGCCUUUCCACUUGGUCUUGGUCAUGCAGUCCAUUAUGUGAGACCUAGAGUAGCUCUAAUUGGAGAUGCAGCACACCGAGUUCAUCCCCUGGCUGGCCAAGGAGUCAACUUAGGCUUUGGUGAUGUGUCAUGUCUUAUUGACACACUGGAGAAAGCUGUUCUACUUGGUGCUGAUAUUGGUGAGGAGAGAAUUCUUCACGAGUAUGAAAGUGAACGUCAGAAACACAAUGUAAUGAUGAUGGCAUCUAUUGAGGGACUUUAUCGCCUUUACAACACCAGAGUUACCCCAGUUGUUCUUCUCAGGUCUCUUGGGCUGUCUGCUGUUAAUGUCAUCACACCUUUAAAGAGACAAAUCAUGGACCGUGCAAGAGGCUGAAGACUUGAUCCAAGAAUAUGGACAAUACAUGUUUUGCAUAUUAAAAUUUUGUAAAUAAAUCAUUUACAUGUUGGUUUUCUUUGAUAAAUUAGUUGCCUUUUAAGCUACUGCAUGAUGCUUGUAGAAAACUCACCCCUUCAAUAUUUGUCAGGCUAUUCUGCAAUAACUUGAGUGGGAAGAGAUACAACCACUGAUUAACUUGAUACAGUAUCCCUGCAGGGCAGUGGUAACCCUCCUAUUUUUCUUAUUGAGCUUUGAAUAAAUCUUUGGUAAAUUCCCAACCAUUCCUUCCUCAUAGUCUUAGCUCUGUUCACUAAUUUUGCUGCCUCUGAAAUGUUUAUGAAUGCUUCUGUAUUUGUUCAGCAUGCAAAGCCUUUGUCUUUACAGGCAUUGGCUAUGAGUUAGCCAAGUAAAGCUAAGACAUAUUUAUCUUCGUUACAGGUACUAAACCUCAAGCAAUCUAAAAAAAAAAAGUAAUUUUCAAUCUGCUUUCUAUAAGACAUUUGUAACACCCAAAACUUUUAAAAUUCUGCUGCUAAAACACAAUUAUGAAGUGCAUUCCAACAUUUUUUGUCUCUAAUUCAUGGACACCAUUAAGCUACUCUGUUGUUAUUGUUAUGGGGUGUAGUAAACCCAUAUGGCUUAUGGAAGCCAUUAGGCUCCAUCCAAGGAAGGAGACAAGUCAAAACCCUUGGAUUGAGAACCCUCACAAGCACCAAGGAACCUCACUUGAGGGGUCAAGUUAAUGUAGUCCCAGCCCCUUCUAGGCUACACAAGAAAUUAGAGCUACUGUUCCCUCCCUUGUAUCAUACCUGAUUAACUUCUGUUUUGCAGGUGCUAAAUGACCCUUAGAGGUUUAGCACUUCCCCAUGAUUAUAAUCCUAAUUAUGUAGUUCCAGCAAGGAUACUGUCUAGUCAGGUGAAGGUGAAACACUAAAGCUUGACAACUUGAGGCAUACCCUUCAAAAGGAGGGACUGGGAGGCCCUUCAUGCUGGUGAAGGGCUCUUUAUCAGAAAAUCUUACCUACCCUUUUGUUCACUGGAUCAAACCUGAAUACCUAUGGCACUGUAUGACCUGCAUGGGUCAAGUGUUUUAGAAUGUAAUUAAGCUAUUGAAGAACACAGACCAUUGUUGACUUCUCUCUCUAGUUGCCCACUUGAAAGCUCCAGUUUUAAUGCAGACACUGACUACUAAGCUAAAAUUGACUUCUUGUACCAGUUAUGAAUUCCUCCAUUUAUACAGUUCAACCUCCCUAUCUACAUAAUGUCAGUGCCCCUCUGCAUGUUGGGCUGAAUAACCUAUUCAGGUUUAGCAUAUUUUGUGAUUAUGUGCAUAUACAUACAUGUACUAGCCUAUGAGGGAGGAAGGUGAUGCUGUGAUACUGGUGAAGAACUCUUGAUCCAAGGAACUGAUGUACCUCUCACCUUAGAUCAGGGGUUCCCAACCUGGGGUGCACACACCUACAGGGGUGCAACAAAGAGUCCUAAUAAAAAGCACGAUUCCAUUUAUUUUACCAAAACUAUUCUAAUUGCUCAAUUUAUAUUUGUAUUUUAUGGACUGAAUUAAAAGCUUAUUUUUUGAGUUCAAUUUGUUCAUCUGCAGUACUGUAUUUCAUUCCUAGGGAUACGGAGCAUAGAAAAGGUUGGGAACCCCUGCCUUAAAUCAACAAUGAUCACUAACCAUUCCUAAUGGUGUAUGACCGAGUUCAGUGCUUACCCACGAUCACAUUUAAGGUGCCUUUGAUAAACUGCAAGCAUUUAAGCAAACAUAUCCUUUGCACUGAAUUUCUCAGGAGCUAAAGCAAGUGUAAAUAUUUCAUGUCCUGAUUAUUUGUCAUUUAUGCCUAAAACUCCAUCUAUUUAAAAAAUGUGUCUGCUUUCUUCCCUGAUGUGAUUAUUAUUAAUAUUUUUAUGGGGAAGGGGGGUUGUUUGACCUAUAGGGGUCAUACUGUGCCUAGGGAUAUUGAAGGCAUUUAGAUUAUGCAAGGAAUCUGAGCACAGGUCGAAUUCCUCAUGUCAAGAGCCCUUCACCAGUGUCAAGGAACCUCCCUUGAGGGAUUCCUAAUAUGAGGAUAAUAGAUGCUUUCAAAAAUUAAUAUUGUUACAUUGGAUAUGUUAAGUAGAAAUUUAUGUAUGAAUAAAGCUUUUGUUUUGCAA